AUGACUAAAGAGGAGAACAACAAAGAUGCUCAAGAAGAUGCUGUUAAUACCAAUGUCACUGAGGAUGUCAAUGACAUCAGAAAUUCUAAAGCUGAUGAUAGUCCAAGGAAAGAUGCUGGAACAAGUACAAAUGUUAUGGACUUAGAGGAUUACUCUGACAAUGAUUUGGUUGCUACUGUGAACCCUAGUGUAGCCAAAAGGCUCAUGGCUAGAAGAAAAGGUAAGGCUGUGAUUCGGAAUCCUCCUGUGAAGAAGGCUGAUGUUAAAAGCCCUUCCAAAGACUCUGUCAAGAAGAAGAGUACCCCUGCAGGACCUAUAAAGAGAAGAGAUGUGGCUAAAAGUGUUGGUGUUGGUCCCUCAAAAUCUUUGAGCAAGGUUGUUCCAAAGAAGAGGAAGGCAAAAGCUGUUGAAGAAUCUGAGUCUGAUGUUGAAGUGAAUGUCCAUGACAUUCCAUUAAAGAAGAAACCCACAACUAGCAAGCUUGCUACUAGUGCGCCUGAAGUUCCCAUUGACAUUGUAUCCUUCCACUUUGCUGCAAGUGCAAACAGGUGGAAAUUUGUGUAUCAAAAGAGACUGGCUCUUGAGAGGGAAUUGGCUCAAAAUGCUCGUGAUUGUAAGGACAUAAUGAGCUUGAUUGAGGCUGCUGGUAUAAUAAAAAUUGUUGUCCAUUUGAAUAAAUGCUAUGAAAUGCUGGUGAAAGAGUUCAUAGUGAACCUCUCUGAAGAGUAUGCUGACAAAAGAUCUAAGGAAUUAAGAAAAGUGUUUGUAAGGGGAAAAUGUUUUAACUUCUCUUCCACCGUGAUAAACAACCUCUUGGGAAGGUCUGAUGAAGCUCAACUAGAGCUUGAAGUAUCUGAUAACAAGGUAUGCCAAGUUAUCACUGCAAACCAAGUCAGGAGUUGGCCUUUGAAAGGAAAAUUGUCUGCCAGUAAACUAAGCAUGAGAUCUACUGUCUCAACUGUUCUUGGAAGAUUUAUCUAUGUUGUUGGUACAAAAGAAAAAUUUGACUAUGGUACCUACAUCUUUGAGCAGACCAUGAAGCAUGCUAGUAGCUACAGUGGAACGCAUGUCCUAGACAUUUUCAUGACAUCGGCUGAUACAUCCAAGAGUGGAUCAUCAGCCAGUAAAGCUGAAGUCAUAGCAAUGCUGAAAGAGACUUGCAAAGAGCUGGAGGCAAGGAAGAUAUCUCUUGAGAAGAUGAUCAGCACUCUAGAGAAGGAUGGUAAUGAGGAUUUUGCAGGUGCUACAGGGAUAGAAGCACGAGAUGAACGGGAAGAGGGAAGUGACUCUGAGGAAGAAGUUGAAGAAGGAAAUACCAGUUCAGCUGAUUGCUCAGAUGAAGAAAGUGAUACAGACAACUCUGGUGGGUCUGAAUCUGAAGAGUAA